AGAUAUUCGUAUUCCUAGUGUCCGUUGAAACAAAGAUGGAAAAUAAGAGGUACAACUUUGCGAAUUUACCGACGACAAAUCAAGAUGCUAUCGUCUGGGCACGCGAGCACCGGCUGUUGCGUGGGUCGAUGAUGUGCAGGGUGCACCGAAAGCCGAUGAAAUUUCAUUCGAGUUCAGCGGAACAUGGAAUUGGCCGUUUCCGAUGUUCUGUUGGUCGCGCGAAUUGCCGUCAGUACUCGGCGAUGGUCGAUUCCUUUUUCGAGCAUAUUCGUUUGCCCCUGUACAAGGCUAUAAGAUUAAUGUACUGCUUUACGCGGGACCUCUCCUAUGCUUAUACGACGCACGAAUUGUGCGAUUUCAAUGUGGACACUGAUCAUGUAUCGACUUUAAGUUCGUCCACGAUUGCUGCAUGGUUCCGCUACUGUCGCGAGAUGAUCGUCGACCAUUUCCCGAAGAUGCAAUUGGACAAGCCGAAAUUGGGGGGGAUUUCGGCAGCCGGAAAACCGGUUACAAUUCAGAUAGACGAAGCCAAAUUUGGCAAGCGGAAAUGUAAUCGUGGCCGCAAUGUCGAGGGCCACUGGAUCAUUGGUAUGGUCGACGUUGAGACCACCGACUGCCGCAUGGUGGUAAUGGAGAACCGAACACCCGAAACGAUCAUCGACGUCAUAAAAGAGUACAUAGCCAUCGGCAGUGAGAUUCAGACGGACCGCUCUCGCAUUUACGAGGGUCUCACUGCCGCGGGUUACGUACACAAAACGGUGAACCACAGUAUAGAGUUAGUUGGAAGCGAUGGCACGAACACUAGAAGAAUAGAUGAAGAUUUCGCCGAUCGGCUGUCCGAAUAUUUGUGGCGGCGAUUUUGUCGCUACAACAAAGUCGAUCUAAUGGCAUCUUUGAUCGAAGCGAUCCGAAUACAAUACGUUUUUAAAUGAGAGGUCUAAUUUGUGAAGCAGUACAUUUUCCCGCAAUGAAGCAUACACGUUCCAGUAAGCGCAAGAAUAAAAGGCCCGCCAAGGGGUGCACGGGUGUUACGCGUGAAGACUGCGGUUCGUGGGACUGAGUGAUGGAGAGAGAGAGAGAGAGAGAGAGAGAGAGAGAGAGAAGCAGACGACAGGUCCUUAUCCGACGAACAGUGGUAGAGGAUUCAAGAUUAUUAAAUAUACAGGCUUUGCCUAAACAUGA